AUGGAUACACAAACCACACAGCAAAUAAUAAAUGAAAACGUGGAUGUCACAGUCACAGAAGAAACAAAAUUAGCUACACGAACUACAGAAGAAGUCGCACAUGAAUUAAUUUCGGAAGCAUUGAAAACCAAUAAAAAGACAAUACUAGCAAUAUUUUGUUCGAGCGUGGGUGCUAUUGCAUGUUGUUCAUUAAUAUUUACAAUAACAAUUCCUGUUAUAGUAUUAAUUAUAGGUACAACAUUUCGAUAUGACUGUCCAAUUCAACCACGUAUACCGUUUUAUUUAAUCGUUCAAGGUUCAUUUCUCACGGUUACAGGUACAUUAGGCGUUAUUUUACAAGUUGUAUCAUUACUUUUACUAACUAAAGGUCGUGGUGCCGCAGUAAAGAAAAUUGCACGUGUAAGAGGUAUAAUUGUAAUAUUAUCAAGUGUAAUAUUUCUUAUUUGGGUAGGAUUUGGUUGUUACUGGACAUUUUCAAUUAAAAAUAAGGUACAAUAUGAUCCAUAUAUAUCGACAAAUAAUAUGAAUACAAAUGCUCAAAACAAAAAUGAUCUUUAUUGUGAUAAAACGUUAUAUAUAUUUACAUUUGUUCUGCUUAUUUUAACUAUAAUUUGCGCUAGUAUUCUUGGAUGUAGUACAUGUUGUGCUGAGAUGUUAAAAUUAUGUACUUGA